AUGCGAGAACAACUGUUUUGCGGCCGUUUCAACUCCUCUGUUGCUCCCUGCACAACGCCAAGUCGAAGUCGACGUGUGCUGACGGAUAUCUACGCUCUCUCGCUCUCAAACACACUGGGCUAUCCCAAGUACAGAAGUCGGAUUGUAGGUAGACACCACGACGACACGGCUGUUUACUCGAUGACUCAGACCCCUUGUGUGUUGUGUCUGAGCAAAUAUGAUGUCCUGAAUGCACACGAGCUCAAGGAGACGGCAAAAGGAAUUACCAUAGUGACCACGUUACGAGUGAAGACUCAGCAGCUUCGUGUUGAUUUCAAUGGUGUACAUUAG